AUGAUUAUAAUUAAAUCGGGAUCAGAGAUUUUACUCAAGACUCUUCAAUUGUAUUGUUUAUUGUUUAUUGGCAUUGUUCUCGUGAUUUGUACAAAGAAAACAAAAACAAAGGGCAAAACAUUAGCUGUAUCGUCGGUGAAUAAACCGGCAGUUCAAGAGAAAAAGAAACCAAAAAAGAGAUUGAAGAAAGUGAAGAAAAAGGAUUGUGAUGAUGACGUGAAAUUUGAUGUUCAAGUGAAGAAAGUGGAAGAAAAAGCAGAUGAAUUCGACGACGACGAAGAAAAUCCCUUGGCUAAGAUUCCGGUGAGACAACGUGAUCCAAAACAGAAGAGGAAAGACGCUCCUUCAGUGACAAGAAAUAAGUCAUUGACUGGGAAGGAAAAUCCAUUAUCUCCAUCGAAAACUACAACUACAACCUCAACAGCUUCAUCAGGUCGUACACCAACUCCAAGUCCUUCAAGAGAACAAGAAGCUCCGUUGUUUGCAUUGAAUGAGAAACAGAUUGGAGCAUCGUGUUAUGUGAGAUUGGAUUGA